AUGGCAAACGCAGAAACAGCAGCCAGAAAUCGUGAACAUUUCGAAAGUCUCCUAAUUCUAGACAACAAAAAUUACAAGCAAGUGUAUGAGGCAAUAAAAACAGGUGAACUACCAAAAGAUGUUGUGGUUAGGGUACCGCCUGACUAUAAUUACUUAUUAAGUUGCCAUGAUUUUGGAAAAAUAAUUGCUUCCGACGAUUCAACCUUGAGAGCUCGUCAGAGCUUGUCAAUUUUUCACGUUAGCAUAGGCUUGGAUGACCAAGCAAUGGUGGAUCAGUUGUUGGCUCUUAAUGUCGAUCUCCAUGCUACCACAAAAGGCGUCCAAGCGCCAUUGCGAUUUGCAAUCGAGGGUAACAAGUUGACAAUAGUCGAAAAGUUGAUAGCUGCUGGUGUGGAUGUCAAUGGUUAUGGACCGGACGAAUAUUUGCCAUUGACAAUAGCCAUACUUGAUCAAAGAUAUGAAAUGGCUAAAUUAUUGAUCCGUCACGGCGCUGAAAUUAAUGUCACAGAAUGUCGUGGAGCUUUGUCGCCAUUGUGUCUUGCUGCUAGCAUUGAAAAUGGUGUAAACUUCAUGGAGUUGCUAAUUAAGCACGGAGCUGAUGUUAAUUUAAUAGUGACUCAGCCAAAUACAAGAUGGAUAACGACACCGUUGAUGAGGGCUUGUCAGACUGGCACAAGAAAAGCAAUAGAGUUCUUGAUCAAUCUUCCCAAUAUUGACAUCACCAAGGUUAACAACAGAAAUGAAAAUUGUUUGUUUUGGAGUGUUUAUACUCCACCCGCAAUGGGCUUAGAAUUGAUCUUGAGUACUAAUAUUGAUCUAAAUACCAGAAACAUUGAUAACAACUUGCCGUUGCAUUAUGAACCAGACUUUAGACUAAACAAUUUUUUGCAAAACUAUACAAUAAAACGUCACCUUAUUAAAUUAAUGGUAGCUGGAUUUUAUAUCUGUCAAGAGUACCGUGAUAUUCUUAAAAAGGAUACUGAAACUGGUCCAAUUCAAGCUGAAUGUUCUAAAGAAGUCCAAUUGAUGAUGAAUACCUACGAAUCAUCAAUUAACUGGUCCUUCUUUAGAAUUCUUCGUACUUCACAACAUCUACUGAGCUUGCGGUUCAAACACAUUCAAGUUCCUGCUGGCAAGGAAGAAGAAUGGAUCGAGAAGUUUCCUAUUUAUGGAAGCAUGCUUGCAUUCCAUUUGAAGAAAGCUCUACAGCGCAAGAUGUUGCUUCAACAAGCCGAAGGAACGCUGUUUGACCUUUUUUAUAAGCUUCUGCCUGCUACUUUUAUCAACGACAUGUUCUAUUAUUUGACUAAUUAUGAUCUGUAUCAAUUAAUAGAAAAAAAUUACAAGCAAGUGUGUGAGGCAAUAAAAACAGGUGAACUAUCAAAGGACGUAGUGGUUACGGUCCCUUGUUACUAUUAUUACUUAUUAAAUAGCCAUGAUUUUGGAAAAAUAGUUACUCUCGACGAUUCAAACCCCGCUGAUCGUAGGAGCUUGUCAAUUCUUCAUGUUUGCAUAGGUUUGGAUGACCAAGCAAUGGUGGAUAAGUUGUUGGCUCUAAAAGUCAAUCUCCAAACUACCACAGAAGACGUCCGAGCGCCAUUGUGCUUUGCAGUCGAGGGUAACAAGAUGACAAUAGUUGAAAAGUUGAUAGCUGCUGGCGCGGAUGUCAAUGAUAAUGGACUGGACGAAUAUUUGCCAUUGACAUUAGCCAUACUUGAUCAAAGAUAUGAAUUAACUGAAUUAUUGAUCAGACAUGGCGCUGACGUCAAUGUCAGAGAAUGUCCUGGAGCUUUGUCGCCAUUGUGUCUUGCUGCUAGCAUUGAAAAUGGUGUAAACUUUAUGGAGUUGCUGAUUAAGCACGGAGCUGAUGUUAAUUUAGAAGUGACUGAACCAAAUACAAGACGGACAACGACGCCGUUGAUGAGAGCUUGUCAGACUGACGCAAGAAAAGCAAUAGAAUUCUUGAUCAAUCUUCCCAAUAUUGACAUCACCAAGGUUAACAACAGAAAUGAAAAUUGUUUGUUUUUGACUGUUAAUGCUCCACACGCAGUUGGCUUAGAAUUGAUAUUGAGUACUAAUAUUGAUGUAAAUACCAGGAACAUUGAUAACAACUUGCCGUUGCAUUAUGAAUCAGACUUUAGACUAAACAAUUUUUUGCAAAACUAUACAAUAAAACGUCACCUUAUUAAAUUAAUGGUAGCUGGAUUUUAUAUCUGUCAAGAGUACCGUGAUAUUCUUAAAAAGGAUGCUGAAACUGGUCAAAUUCAAGAUGAGUGUUCUAAAGAAGUCCAAUCGAUGAUGAAUACCUACGAAUCAUCAAUUAACUGGUCCUGCUUUAAAAUUUUUCGUACUUCACAACAUCUACUGAGCUUGCGGUUCAAAUACAUUCACGUUCCUGCUGGCAAGGAAGAAGUAUUGAUCGAGAGGUUUCCUAUUUACGGAAGCAUGCUCGCAUUUCAUCUGAAGAAAGCUCUGCAGCGCAAGAUGUUGCUUCAACAAGCUGAAGAAACGCUUUUGGAUAUUUUUUAUAAGCUUCUGCCUGCUACUUUUAUCUACGACAUGCUCUAUUAUUUGAGAAAUUCUGAUCUGUAUCAAUUAAUAGAGUAA